UGUGUAUCAUCGAGAAAUAUUGCGAUGAAUCGAGAUAUCGAAUCGAAUUAAGUCAAGUAAGAAUGAAAUUAAAUCGAUUUAAAGCACUACGAAUUGAGAAUAGUAUAGAGAAUGUUGGCAGAAAGCUAGUAGAUGGUUAACGAUAGAUAUUUAUAACAAUAAUAAAAAUAAUAUUACAUGUGAGAGAAAACUGAAAAGAGAAGAGAGGAGUGCGCUUUCAGUAAAGCGACGCAAUUAAAGAUGAAAAUGACUGUCAGAGCAUUAGGACCUUUUUUUCGGUCUAAUAAUCUAUUAUUCAGAACAUUGAACGAAAAUGUUGUUACUAAUAACAGAAUUAUACCUUUGGUUAAUAUCGAAAGUCAACGACGAGAAGCGCAUCAAUGGAUGCCUGAUUUAGAUGAAUAUAAACAUCUUCUAAAACACGAAUGUACUAAAAUAUUAGCUACAAAAGAAAAGAUAUGGCCUUAUAUCAAGCCAAGCUGGAAUGAACCACAAACAGUAUCGCAACUAACACCGGAAUUUCGAAAUGUAGUGAUCAAUUUUGGUCCUCAACAUCCAGCUGCACACGGGGUAUUACGAUUGCUAAUUGAGAUGAAUUCUGAGUAUGUAACUCGCGCUGAUCCUCAUAUAGGUCUUUUACAUCGAGGUACAGAAAAAUUGGUAGAAUAUAAAACAUAUAUGCAAGCCUUACCAUAUUUUGAUCGUUUGGAUUAUGUAUCCAUGAUGUGCAACGAACAAUGUUUUUCUAUGGCUAUUGAAAAACUAUUAAAUAUUGAUAUACCCUUGCGAGCAAAAUAUAUUAGAACUUUAUUUGCCGAGAUCACAAGAAUUCUAAAUCACAUUAUGAAUAUUGGAACGCAUGCUCUUGAUAUUGGAGCUCUAACACCAUUCUUUUGGUUAUUUGAAGAACGAGAAAAAUUAAUGGAAUUUUAUGAACGUGUGAGUGGUGCUCGCAUGCAUGCGGCUUAUAUUCGUCCUGGUGGUGUUUCAUUGGAUAUGCCAUUGGGUUUAUUGGACGACAUAUAUGAAUGGAGUUCGAAAUUUACUCUCCGAUUGGAUGAAAUAGAAGACUUGCUAACAGAAAACAGAGUAUGGACUGGACGUACAAAAGAUAUUGGAGUAGUGACGGCAGAACAGGCAAUAGAGUGGGGCUUUAGCGGAGUAAUGUUAAGAGGUUCUGGAAUUCAAUGGGAUAUAAGGAAAAAGACACCUUAUGAUGCUUAUGACUUGGUCGAAUUUGAUGUUCCAAUUGGCUUAAAAGGAGAUUGUUAUGAUCGAUAUCUUUGCCGCAUGGAGGAGAUGCGUCAAUCAUUACGAAUCAUUUAUCAAUGUUUGAAUCAAAUGCCAGAGGGUGAAGUAAGAAUCGAUGAUGCAAAAAUCGUACCACCUAGAAGAGAAGAAAUGAAAACCAGCAUGGAAGCAUUAAUACAUCAUUUCAAAUUGUAUACUCAAGGAUUCCAAGUACCUCCUGGAUCAACAUAUACUGCGAUCGAAGCACCAAAAGGUGAAUUUGGUGUGUACCUCGUAAGCGAUGGUAGUAGCAGGCCUUAUAGGUGCAAAAUCAAAGCACCAGGUUUUGCUCAUUUGGCAGCAUUACGUCAUAUGGGUCCUGGAUGCUUACUUGCUGAUAUCGUAGCUAUUAUCGGUACUUUAGAUGUGGUAUUUGGUGAAAUUGAUAGAUAAUUUGUUUACUGGUUGCUCUCACUAGACGUAUUUAGUACAUAAAAAAUUUCGUAAAUGCUGUUUUCCAUUCUGUACAACAUAGAAAACAUGCAUAAAUGAGAGAGAGAAAAAAAUACAAUAAAAUGUAUUCGUUGUUAUUUCGAUCGAAA